UUUUGUCAUUUUAGUUGUCAUUCUCGACUUGUUCCGUUCGUGUCGUUUAAUUAUUAACUCACGUACACUAAUAACCUUCUCCCGUGUCUUGUGUGAUUAUGUGACUCACUCAGCGUUUUUCUAAAGUAGUUUCGGACACUUGUACAUCAUGCUGGUCUCCAGACCGGCAAAAGAAAGGGAAACGGUGAGGACUGAGGGACUUCAAGACUGAGGAAACCGAAACAAAGAUGACGUUACACCAUGAGGUUAAACACGACAAACUCAUGAAGUUUGGUUCCGCCGCUUUUUACGCCUUUUGCUCGUUUUUCAUCAUCGUGGUGAAUAAAAGUAUUUUAACUGAGUACAAGUUUCCCUCAUUUAUGUUUCUUGGAAUUGGGCAGAUGACAGCUACAGUCGUCAUUCUGUAUGUUGCCAAAAUGAAUAAAUCCAUCCAUUUUCAAGACUUUGACAAAAGUAUUCCUGGAAAGAUUUUCCCUUUACCGUUGCUGUACAUGGGGAAUCACGUGACAGGACUUGGAGGAACAAAAAAGCUGAGCUUACCCAUGUUCACCGUGCUCAGAAAAUUCACCAUUUUACUCACUAUGAUUAUGGAAUCCAGGAUACUAAGGAAAACAUUCGCUCCGUCACUGGUGUGCAGUGUUCUGGCUAUAGUUGUAGGUGCUCUGGUGGCAGCCAGCUCGGACCUGUCCUUCAACGCAGAAGGAUACACGUUUGUUCUGCUGAACGACGUCUUCACGGCCGCCAGUGGAGUUUACACUAAGAAAAAACUCGGGAUGGAGGGUCUUGGAAAAUAUGGGGUUUUGUUCUAUAAUGCUUUAAUCAUUAUUAUACCGACGGUCCUGGUGAGCGCUUACACUGGAGAUUUACAGCAGGCUCUUAACUUUGAAGGAUGGAUGUCUGUAAUGUUCAUAUUUCAUUUUUUGUUGUCUUGCAUCAUGGGGUUUAUUUUGAUGUAUUCCAUCAUCCUCUGCAGUUAUUAUAACACAGCAUUAACCACCACAGUCGUUGGAGCAAUUAAAAAUGUUGCUGUGAUGUAUAUUGGCAUGUUUAUUGGUGGAGACUACAUCUUCUCAUGGACAAACUUCUUAGGCCUGAAUAUAUGUAUCUCGGCCGGUCUGAUAUACUCCUACAUCACAUUUCACAGCAGCGGCUCGUCAGAAUCAAAGGUCCAACCGGCAGAAGACAAACUGAUCGUUCACAUCACAGAGAAUCACCCGGAGAAAACAUGAUGCAUUGCAUCAUUCACAUCUUAGUGUUUAGUGUUGAUUUAUUAGAUGUAGUAUUUAAAAAUCCUGUGGUGCUUAAAUUAUACAGAGAUUUAAAGUUACUUUAGUUUCCCCUGUGUGCAGUGUUGGAUGUAAUACAUUACAAGUAACUUGAGUUAUGUAAUCAGAUUACUUUUUUUCAAAUAACUAGUCAAGUAAUGCAUUUUAAUUUACAAGAAAAUAUCUGAGUUACUUCUUUAACACCAGUUUUUUUAUUUUAUUUUUUUUUCCAUUGAUUGAAAUCUCUCCUGUCCCCAUGUCGAGAGAAAUCGGGAGUAAGAUGUUACUGUAGUUCUAGAAUAAAUGUAAACAUGCAUUAAUUCAUCUCACUCACAAAUACUGAUUCAGUAUUCCAGUAUUAAAUGAAUAAAAACAGUGAAAUGCAACUCAGAGUAUGACACAAA